CGUCACAACGCAUUCGACCAACGUAAACGCAACCGCUUAGUCAUACGCAGCCACACACCGAACGACAUCCGGAACGCCAGAUUCGUCCAGGAUAUUUUUUCGUACUUGUUUAGGCAGGAAUUUUGGCUCCAAUCCGUCACCACGAGCGUCGAUUUUACUUAUUUUGCAGCUACAAACUCGAGAUGAAAUUCAAAAGGUCAACGAUGGAGCGAGUUACUCGACGUGGUUUCCGAUCGAAGGGUGCGAAUCAGGCAGAAAUAUUAAGAGCCCGUCAGAGGGAUGAUAUGUUCGUUACAAAUUUGCGGGAAAACUUAUCGGAAUUGAUGCACAAACUCGGUGGCAGCAAAUUACUUCUUCACAUUGUUCAGUCCGAGCUACCAGCUAAAUUCGCCUAUUUCAUUGCUACUACAGCAAUGAACAAUCAGACUAUUGGUGAGGAGUACACCGGCAUCAUUCAAGCUGAUCUCAAAGCCUUGAAGGUUCCAUCUCUCGCAGCAAGAACGUUAGCCAUACUAUUGGAAUGCUUUGGCGAACAGGCCUUGAUAAGGAUAUUAGACAGGCUAUUGGUCUCGAUCAACUAUCCGGGAAACGAAUUAACACCCGAGGCGAAAUCUAUUCUAAAUUCUUCACUGACGAGACUCAGAACUGCUAUUCCCAUCGUAAUUCUAGCCCAUCGAGGUCUCUUCUAUAUUCUUGGUCGGUAUUACAGCCUCGGUAAAAGAAUCGCCGGCGUUGAUUAUAUCAAGGUAUACGGUCGUCGUCCAGCUGGAGGGAUAAGUUGGGCUCUGCGAUUUUUGGGGGUGGCAACGAUCGCUCAAUGUUUAUUGAAGCUCUGGAACAGCCGACAGUUGUUAGCAUCUGAGGAGGUAAAAACAGUUGAAAUCGCGAAAGGAUUGGGCGCAGCUUCGCGUAGCUGCCAAUUAUGCCUCGAAGUUGUACCAACGACUGCAACACCCUGCGGUCAUCUUUUCUGUUGGCAGUGUAUUUCGGACUGGCUUUCCGCCAGACCGCAGUGCCCGUUCUGCAGAGAGUAUGCCCAUCCAUCUAGAAUUAUAUAUUUAUUAAAUAUUUGAGAAAUGCGGGUAAAGAAAAGAA